AUGGCGAGCAAUGACGCAGAAGAACCUCCGAAGAAGCGUCCUCACCAUGAUUCUACGUCUCCCAAUAGCCCAAAACCGGUUGAUGCUGCACUUCUUCAGUACCAGAAUCAGAAACUAGUUCAGCAGUUAGAUUUACAGAAGCAGCAGUUGCUUGACCUUGAAGCCAAAAUAAAAGAAUUGAAAGACAAGCAAGCUUCUUAUGGUUCUGUAUUGACUACAGUAAAUCGACUAUGGAAUCAGUUAGAAGAUGAGCUAGUCCUUCUUGGAGUGCGAGCUGGAGCCAGUGAAAUUGCUCUGCAGAGUUUGGAUCAUAUAGAUCAACUAAGAGGCUCAGUUCCAUCUAGUUCCGCCGAGGAUAUUUUUCUUUCCCGGCUUCUGCAGUCUAAUUCUGUCGGAGUUACGGGUAGCGAUGGAUAUAUUGGAUCUGUUAAAGAACGUCUUUCACAACGUCGUUCUUUUGCAAGGGAGUUGAUGAAGUCCUUGGAAGAUGCUAUUGAAGCUCAGAGAGCUAAGAUGGAGAACAUUGGCCAUGCUUUCCAUGGGAAGCCAUUGGCAGAAGAUCCUGUAGUCAUAUUGGGGAAGAUUAAUGAUAUGAUGAGAGUGGAGGUUGAAAAUUUGCAGAAGGCAAUGGGUAUUAUUCAGAUGAAGCACAAAAAAUAUUCUGAUGAGAUUGAGACUUGUGUCCAGAAUAACACAGCAGAUCAAUCAGAGAUAAAGCAACUUCUUGGUGACCUGGAAGAAAGAAUGGCGGAACUUGAAGAUUGUAGAAGAAAACUUGUCAAUUUGAAGAUGCAAAAAGAUGGUCCAUCCAUUAAACCUGCCCCAGUCUCAAUUGUGGCGAAUGGGGAUGUUUCUCCGGAAAAACCUGGUGAAAAGACUAAACGCUUACGAAUCCUAAAGGAUUCUCUUGAGGAGACAAAGGUACUGGCAGAAGACCGUCAAGCUGAGGUUCAAGAAAUGCAGGAAGACAAUUUCAUCCUGUUGAAGCAGUUGCAAGACCUCGAGAAUGAACUGAAGGAAGAUAAAUAUGUGUAUUCUUCUAGACCUUACACUUUAUUGAAUGAUCAGCUCCAGCACUGGAAUGGUGAGGUAGAGAGGUACAGACUCAUGGCAGAUUCUGUACAGGCGGAGAGGUCUUUCAUUGCAAGGAAGGAGAAGGAACUUACAAUGAAAAUAGAGUCUGCUGAAGCUUUGAGAAAGGUGGUUGAAAAUUCAGAAACAAAAAUUGACGAGCUAGAGAUUCAGCUUCAAAAGUCAGUUCUUGAGAAAAAUGAGCUUGAAAUAAAUUUGGAAGAAGCUUUACAGGAUUCUGGUAGGAAAGAUGUCAAAGCAGAAUUUCAGAUCAUGGCUUCUGCUUUGUCAAAGGAGAUGGGAAUGAUGGAAGCUCAGCUAAAUCGGUGGAAGGAGACAGCUGAAGAGUCCAGUUCCUUACAUGAAGAAGUUCAAUCACUCAAGGCCUUAGUUGACAGCAAGACUAUUGAAGAGAAAGACUUGGCUGAUAAGUGUGCGCAACAGAUGGUGUUGAUCAAGUCUUUAAAGGCAUAUGUUGAGAAGACGCAGAAGGAAACAGAACAGCUUGAAAUACAUGUGGAUAUGCUUAGUCAGCAACUAUAUGAAAACAGGGAUUUGAAGGAAAUCAGAGAGUCUGAGCAAAAAGCUCGAGCGCAAGCUGAAAUCCUGAAAAAUGCUUUAGAUGAACAUAACCUCGAGUUGAGGGUGAAAACUGCUAAGGAAGCAGAAGCAGCUUGUGAGGAGAGGCUUGCCACAGCUGCUUCAGAGAAAGCUAAUUUAAGGGCUGAAGUAGAUGCUUGUGACAGAGAUGUCUUAAAACUCCGAGAGGCAAUUAAAAUCAAAGAAGCAGAAGCUGAAGCAUAUAUUUCUGAAAUUGAGACUAUUGGUCAAGCAUAUGAAGAUAUGCAGAUGCAAAAUCAGCGUUUGCUGCAGCAGGUGGCUGAAAGAGAUGAUUACAAUAUCAAGCUAGUAUCAGAGAGUGUAAAGGCAAAGCAGGCACAUGGUACAUUAUUGUCUGAAAAGCAGGUGCUAGCAAAGCAACUACAACGAGUUAAUACGACACUGGAGUCUUUAAAACAGAAAAUCUCUGAAUGGGAAGAGCAGAUGAAAGGUUGCUUUGAAGAGGCUUCAAGGUACACAGAAGAAGAUAGACAGCUUGCAGCAGACUUAGAAACUUCGAAAAGGGAGUUGGUGGAUGCUGAGAAGGAAGUGAAGUGGCUAAAAUCUGCUGUUGCUUCAUCUGAAAAGGAAAACGAACAGAUUGAGAGAAAGAAAGCUGAACUCCUUGUUGACUUGGAGAGUGAGAGAUCUGCCAGAAAGAAAAUCCAGGAAGAGAUAGCAACGCUGAACCAAACUAUCACUGACAUGACUGCCGAAAGUGAGGAGGCUGAAAUCCAGAGACUUCAAGAUGAGAUUAAGGAGUGCAAAGCUAUUCUCAAAUGUGGCGUGUGUUUUGAUCGGCCAAAGGAGGUUCUAAUUGCAAAGUGCUAUCAUUUGUUCUGCAAUCCAUGCAUCCAGAGGAAUAUAGAGAUACGCCAUCGCAAGUGUCCUGCUUGUGGAACUGCAUUUGGGCAAAGCGACAUCAAGAAUCAGACCUCAAAGACUUCAUCUUUACUGCCCAAUAAGACCCUUUUUCUUCCCAGCCUUGAUUCCAAGUUUCAUUCCAGUUUGAGUCCUAAAUCCGGAAGGGGCGCACUUUUUUCUAGUGGGAAUGGAGUUGCUUCUUCUACUCGAUCAAGGACGAUAAACGCUACUUUGCUUGAGGCUCCUGUUUUGUGGGCUGGUCGAGUUUGCAUCUUUUAUGCCCUUUUGAAGGCUGGAUUAGCUGGAUCUCCUUCAAGCCCUCUUAUCCCUUCAGAUUUGGAAACUGAAAGUGACGACUUGGGGUUUUCUCAGUGGUUUGAGAAGUUUCGAGCUAAUCCAGAUAAGGAAGCAACUGAGAGGAGGAAACUAGUGAGUAAAUGGCACCCAACAACAAAAGGUACUCUAAAGCGCAACUACAGGGUGCCAUCGAAAUCUGAAGGGCGUCGUCUGCUUAAGGCCAUUGCUUCAUUACUGUCAGAUGAUGAUCACUUCAGAGACGCUGCUUCUCACAAGGGUUGUCAAAUCAAAAGGCAGAAUGCUCAUGGAGAAAGUGUUUGUUGCAACAACGUUCGGGCCUUGUUUGAUGAACUUCCUACUCCACACCUGACCAUAGAAAUUACAGCUUUUCCAGCUGGUCCUCUUUCAGAAAAUGACUACCUGAAAGCUGAGAAAUUGGAGAGGAUUCUGAGAUCUGGUCUUUCUGGUUGA